UCCUAACAUCCCCUCCCUUGUCUGCAGCGACAUCUGGCCUCAGGACUGGUUUAUGGUUUCCGCGCUGCUGCUGGGCUCCCAUCCGCAGCCGGAAAUUCUUGGGUUCCUAGAACAGUUUGUUUUAAGCUUACUCUCCAAGCAACAUCCCAGAGGCCCAGUAGAAUCAGGUGAGCACAACCCGGCCCGGACCUGAGAGCCUGGCGCCGUCCUUCCCGGUGAAUAGCCUCUCUUUCUUGCGCGCACGCCAGUUCAGUAAGGGGUGGAGGAGGCCCCCUCGCACCCUCCCUCUGUCUUCGGUAUGAGCCUGAGCACAAGCCCGAUCCGGCAUUCAGCGCCCAGUGAGUGAUCCAGCGCCGCUGCCCCGCGGCCGGCCGGCUGGCGACCUGGACGUCCCUUCCCUCCGCGCGGACAGCACCCGCCCUCUGGGCCCGGAGCGAGGCUCUGGACCAUCCCGGCCAGACUUGCUGGUGACAUCACUCCCGAAGACACCCUCUCCAGCGACUGCCUUCCUUCGAAGAAACCUCCCUCCGUGGCUGGAGAGGGCUCUUCGCUUCGCGUUUCCCGGGGACAGAGGUGGACACGGAGAAGCAGUCGGACCCUAGGCGGCCGGAGAGCCGGAAGGCAGCAGGACCCCCGGAGGGCGGAGGCAUGAAAUUCAGCGCGGUGCACUACCUGCUGCCGCUGCUGCCGGCGCUGGUCCUCAGCACCAGACAGGACUAUGAAGAGCUAGAGAAACAGCUGAAGGAAGUUUUCAAGGAACGAAGCACCAUCUUGCAUCAACUGACAAAGACCUCCAGGGAACUUGAAGGGAUUAAAGUCAACCUUCAGUCUUUGAAAAAUGGUGAACAGUCUUCCAAAACGGAUGUUCAGAAACUUCUGGAAUUAGGCCAGAAACAAAGAGAAGAAAUGAAAUCUCUCCAGGAGGCCCUGCAGAACCAACUAAAGGAGACAUCUGAAAAAGCAGAGAAACACCAGGCCACUAUUAACUUUUUAAAGACUGAAGUGGAAAGAAAGAGCAAAAUGAUCCGAGAUCUCCAGAAUGAAAAUAAAAGCUUGAAAAACAAACUGUUGUCAGGAAGCAAGCUGUGUGGGAUUCAUGCAGAAGAGUCAAAAAAAAUCCAAGCACAGCUGAAGGAACUCCGUUAUGGGAAGAAAGAUUUAUUAUUUAAGGCCCAACAACUCACUGAACUAGAACAGAAGUUAGCUGUAGCCAAAAUUGAACUUGAAAAAGCUGCUCUUGAUAGGGAGUCGCAGAUGAAAGCAAUGAAAGAGACAGUACAACUCUGCUUGACAUCCGUGUUUCGUGAUCAGCCUCCCCCUUUGAGUCUAACCCCAUCAAACCCAGCUCAGAUGUUACAUCCACCCAGAGUAAUUACUGAUACAAGGACAAAAAGCAAGCCACAAAAAAGUACUUCUGGAAAUCCUGAGAGCUCUCGAGUUGAGUCAACAAAGGAAGAAAAACGGAACAGCACUGUGUGUGACUCUCAAGAUGAGGGACAGUCCUGUUCCAUGAAGCACAAAGACAGCACCCCAACAAACAUUACUGGAGGACCAGAACAUACUCCACAGAAAUUGCAAAUACCUCCAUGUUCUGAAUGUGAGGUUAACAAAACACCAGAGAAACAGCUAUCCAGUUUUGACGGGAUUCCAACAAGAGAAGAAAAAAUAUUGUAAACGCUAAGAGACUGUAUUAAAAACAUCCAUUUGGUAUUAUCUUCAUACUCUUUUUUAGACUACAGGCUUGAUGGAAAUGCUAAGUUUCUAAAGCAUGCCACUUUUUCACAAUUUUCUGUAACUUUUUAACAUAGAUGACAAUUUUUUUUCAGAAGAGUCCAGGCUGAUUAUAAUCUUCAAGCAAUAACCUAGUGGGGAAAGUUUCUGCAGUGACAUUUAAUUGUCAUGACUAAAUUGUCAGUAUAAAUUGGGCUAUUUUGAGCUAAAAUACAACCUUAGCACUUAAUUCUUCUGCCCAUUUGAAUAUCUAGUACUUCUUUGGCAUGGUUGUUGAAAUUAACUGGAGGAUGACUGAAUGUAGGUCCUUUGUAUAUUUGAACCCAUUUAGAAAAAGUCUCCUAAAGUUUGUGGAUUAUAUUAGCCAAUUGGAGUCAUUUCCUCCAAGGUUAGAAUUUGAGUACUAGAAUAUAUUAUUUGGGGAGUAUUUACUAAUAUGCUUACUAAUUUAAGAUAAUAAUGAUAAUUUGACCUAACUAUGCUUAGUUAAUUCUGUCAAGGAUAAAGUUAGUUACCAAAUAUAUCAAUUUGGCACAACAUAGACAUCAGACCUAUUGAUCAAUGAUUUCUGGCACACUUUUUUUUUAGAGGCAUACUUUAUAAAUUUGUGAAUUUACUGGGAUUAUUUCAAGUUAUAGUUAAGUUAUCUGAGUUGCUCACAUGAUUUCUGAUGUUGGAUACUGAAUGUAUGGUAAGGAAAGUUCUGAAGUAUGCAAACUGGUGAUCUAUAUUUCAGAAUUGACAUUUGAUGAAGGUGAAGUAGCCAUGGCAAUCCAAAAAGUUGACUUGUACUUUUUGAAACCUCAGGUUAAAAUAAUUCAAGGCUAUUUAAUUCCUCUAAAAAAGUUUCUGUAGGAAUAUUAGUAAUCAAAGAACUACACUGUGAAUAACCAGAAUGUACCUCACAGUCAAAUGAACUGAGACACCAAUGACACCAAUUGACAUACUCAAAUUAUAGACAAGUUCAUGAUUUUAGGUUGUCUACAUUGAACUUAUUCACCUCUGUUGCUUAAGCCCAUUUUGAAAGUACAAAAAACCUAAAAACAUCAUUCAUUUUAUGGAAUAACUUUAUUAUGUUCCAAUUAGCAUAUUUAUAUCAAUAUACCCAAGAAUAAGGAUACAUUAAGGAUAUCUUCAAUCAGUAGAUGAACCUAAUUUCUAGGAUAAAAUGGGAAACAUUUUAUCACAAUGUCAUACUUUAAGAAAUGAAAGUUGAAAAGCUAAAACAUUUAGUAAUGGAAUAUUCUGGUUUAUUCAUUCUACUUGUAAAGUAGUUUGUGUUCAUUACUAGUAUUUUUCAUAAAACAGACCAUAUUCAAAGGACAUUGCAGUUGUUUUGUAGAGAAUCCAUAGACUUUUUAGGUGAAAUGACCAGUAUGAUAUUAAGAUAUGAAGUCAAUAUUUUUACUCACUCCUUCCCAGUUCUACAAUGUAUUUAGCUCUACAUAUUAAUAGUUUUCUGAGUCUUGGUUCCUUCUAAAUUUCCCUUUCUCUUGAGGCUUCCUAAACAUCAUAAUUGAUUUAUAAAAGGAGAGUUAAAAUAGCUUUAAUCUAAGAUUACUUUCCAUUCUAACUCUGAGCAUUCUAACUUUUCCUCCUAGCUAUUAUGGAUGCUGUGGAAAGUUAGUCACUGUUUCACCUUAUCAGGUUAUGAGACAUCUGAGAUUAUCACGAGAGAUGAAGUUAUAAAGCUUAGUUUGAUUUAAUGUUAAUCAAGAUUUAUCAGUCUUUCUUUGCAACUUCUAUUUUGUCAAUGUCCUGGAUUCCUAUUCAAAAAUAUGACAACAUAUUCAGUUUUCUUCAGUGGGCUUAAAUCAACAUAGUGUCUUUCCCCUUUAAAUAUGUAUAAACAUGAAUCUCCAGGACUCAUUGUAGGAUAUUUAUCACAGAAUUAGCCCACAUACAUAUUGAAAACAUUUAUAGCAGAAGAUAUUGUUAGAACCUUAAAGGAAUAUUAUGAGUGCCUUUUAAUGCUUAAGGACAGAACUCUUAUAUUCUUAUGAUUUAUGACUACACUCUAACAAAUUAAUUUUACUUUUCUCAUGCUAUAACUUUUCCCUACAAAAGAGAUAUCAUUUAUUAUUUCUUUUAGCUUUCCUGCUUAGAAAAUUUUGUUGUUUGGAGGUGUUAACAUUGAUAACCUUACCAUCUCCCCAUGUAAAGAGCAUUAGCUGAAAUGAUGACAAUGACUACAGUGAUGACAUUAUGUAAAUGAAAUGUUAAUUGAUGAAACACAGCUUGUAUUGUGCAGAUCUCGAACUUAUUCUUGCUGAGAAGUUGACCUUACAUUCAAAGUGGAAUUAAAACAUGGAAUAACAUGCUUUAUCAUAAGUUCUUCCACAACUCACUUUUUUCUUGUUAUUUUAAAAUGUUAAUUCAGUUUAAGCUAAUCAAAUCUUAUGUGUACAUUGUUAAUUAUAAAUUUGUUUUUAACAUAGUCUUUCAAUUUCUGUGCAUUGCCAAUGUACAUAAAACUAGUACCUAAUGUAUGUUAGACUCCAGUAAAAACCUGUAUCUAUCUAAUAUUAACAUGCUCCAAAAAAUGUCCAUAACUUUAGUCACUCAUCUGGAUGUGGUUUUAUUUGUAAUUUCAAAUAUCUGAGUGCAGAACAAAAUCACAAGUGACUAAUGUUUUCUCUCUGAUCAGCUCCUUAGCAUCACAAUGCAACUUUUUCACAAUUCUAUUUAUUAUAAAAUGUAUACAGUGAUAAGCCCAAGAGAAUUAUAUGUUUAUAUGCGAGUAGCCAUUUCCUGUUUUUUUCUGGACAAGGUAGACAGCUGGACUAAAACAAAGUGUGUGAACUUUGCUGUGUCAGACACUUAAUUUUUCAAGCUUAGGUAUCCAUUUAGUUAUAACUAUAGCAGAUACUCAUGAUUAUCGACACCAUGAAAUAGGGUGAUCUGGACAGGCUGGAAGUCAUGAAAAUGAUCCUUGUUCAUGUAAGGAACAUGUUCUUACUUAUAAGUACAAUAUUAAUUUUCCCCAAAAAAUACACUCAUCUGAAUUGUGUUAUAUAAUAUAAAGGAUUAUGUGAUGAAAAAUAAAAGGUACUGAAAGGUGA